AUCCAGAAGAAUAAGAAAGUUUCCCCCGUCGAUGAGAACGAAAAUACAUCUACAUCUUUGUCCUUUAUUGUUAUACGAAUCGCAAGAGAUUUGUCGAUUAUCGUAUCAAAGGUUAUAUCGUUCGUUAUAUAUUUACAUAUUAAAAAAAUAUACUCGAUAUAUAAAGCAAGUGUUUAACCUUUAAUAUUCAUGUCUGUAUGCGAUGUAUUACAGUGUUUAUUUUUCAGUAACAAUGUCAAAAACUCAUAUACCUGCUCGUUUUAACGGAGAAGCUGACAAUUUUUAUGAUCCUAAUUUUACUUUGGACGUUAAUAAAAGAAUGAGAGUUCCUAAAAGUAUUCGAGUAAGUGGUGAUUAUACAGAUGAAGAUGUUUCUACGAUGAAUGGUUCUGCUUGGAAUCAAGCAAACUCAAAUGAGAAGCUUGAAAUGCAUGUACCAGAUAGGAUUCUUGUCGUAGGUCAGGAACAACAUAUUGGUACAAAAGCUCCGCCAAGAGAAAUUACUUUAGAAAAUGCCGUAAUGCCACCUGAGCCAAGCAUUAUUAGAGUUCAGACACCACCAAGAAUCUUAACCCUGGAUGAUCACUAUUUUCCUGCAGUUGAUGAAGAAGAUCCAACAUUACUUGCUAGUGAAGUUAAAGAUUCAUCUAGAAUACAACAUCCUCAAUUUAAUACAGAAACACAGAUUGUUAGGCGUGGAAGAGAACAAACACCAUCCUACAAUUCAGUAGAUGUAUCUCUUCCACCUAGUGAAGAAGUACAACACUUACGUCGUCAAGUGGGGAAACUAAAUCGUCGAGUAAUGGCUAUUGAAUUGGAAAUGUUACAACGGCAACAAAGAGAUAAAAUUUUGUAUACAUUAACUUUAGCUUAUUUCAUAUUGAAAGCAAUUUCUUGGUUGAAUAGAAAUUGAAGAUUCUAUUUAAUUGCAUGUAGAAAAAAGUACAUCUUACAUACAUACAUGCCAUGGUGCUCUUAACAGCAUUCUAUAUGAGCUAUUUGUGCUCUUGAACUGUAUAACCAAAGAUUUAUUAUUCUACUUGCAAGAAUUUAUCAUCAUUACAAUUAUGAAACACAUUACUUAAUUAUUUUUAAACCAUUAGAAAAAUUUAAAUGCAUACUAAUUUCAAAUUCAUACUGCAAUGUAAGAGCAAACAGUGGUAAUACAAAGUAACGACGUAAAAUAA